AGCAUUAUUGCACAUGCCUCGCCUGCUUUCACAAAGAACAUCUAGUUGCUCAAGCCUUGUCUGCGAGGAGCUGAUAAGGAAAAAUAAAUGAGCUAAAUAUUUAUUCAUCAACUUGGCAAGAGCACAUGGGAAGAAAACAAUCAGGAAGGAGCAGGAAAGAACAAGGAGUCAGGGAACCCCAAAAAAGGGCUUUCUCAAGACAUCUGAUAAUAACUACAGCUAUUAAAUGACUGAGGGACAGUCUAAGGUGCAAGAAUGAAAGGGUUAUCAAGCAGCCGGGGCCACCUCCAUACUGCUAACUGUGACCUCUCAUAUGAUCCACUUUCCCAUCAACAGGAAAGGAAGCCAUACCUCAUUAGCCCAGUCGACUCCCACCCUGGGGACCAUGGCUAUUAUCCCCAGCGGAAUUCGUUUCACUCGGACUGCACGGUUCAACUCAAUGACCAAACGUCCAGCAGCACUUUCCCCAGGAGACAUUACAGCUCGCACCACGAUCUCAAGGACGAGUGCGCCCUGGCGGUUGCGCCCACUUCCAAUAAAAUCAACCGCAUUCCCCCCAUCCUCCUGGACCAGUUUGAGAGGCAGCUCCCAAUCCGUCGCGAUGGCUUCCACACCUUGCAGUACAAGCGGGCGGCCCUGGAGCACCGCAGCGAGAGCCCGGGAAGGAUACGCCACCUGGUCCACUCGGUGCAGAAGUUGUUCACCAAGUCCCACUCCCUGGAAGGUCCCGCCAGGGGACACAUGAACGGUGGUAAAGCAAAUCCCGACGAGGUGCACGCUCCCAAGCGGGGGAAGCGCAGCAAGAGCAGAGAGAGGAAGUCGGAGGUGAAGAACAAAUCGAACAUGUCAAGUUGGUGGAGCUCGGAUGAUAACUUGGACGGCGACGUUUGCCUUUAUCACGGGCCGACGAACGUGAUGACCGUGGGCCGAUGCCCUGACCGCUCGAUGUCCCAGUACUUCAUGGAAGCUUACAAUACCAUCAAUGAGCAGACGAUGAAAACAGCCCGCGGCAAUAACGACAUGAAGUGCACGACAUGUGUAAAUAUCCCAUUGAACGUUGAUGCCCAAAUCAUGAAGAAAAGCUCGUGGUCGUCGACUUUAACCGUGAGCCGAGCCCAUGAGGUUUAUCAGAAAUCUUCCAUGAAUCUUGACAACAAAACUCUCAUGAAAUCUGAAACAUGCCAGCAAGAGCGUUCGUGCCAGUAUCUACAGGUUCCUCAAGAUGAAUGGAGUGGCUAUUCUCCACAAGGGAAAGAAGAUGAAAUUCCUUGUCGGCGAAUGCGCAGCGGGAGCUACAUUAAAGCAAUGGCCGAUGACGACAGUGGGGACUCGGACACCAGUCCCAAACCUUCUCCAAAGAUUGCCGCGCGACGAGAGAGCUAUCUCAAGGCCACCCAGCCAUCCCUCACAGAGCUCACCACACUCAAGAUAUCCAGCGAACACUCCCCCAAACUUCAGAUACGAAGCCACAGCUACUUGCGGGCAGUCAGUGACGUUUCGAUCAACAGAAGUUUGGAUAGUUUGGAUCCGGCGGUGCUUCUCGCCUCACCUAAGUUUCGCUCCCGCAACGAGAGUUACAUGAGAGCCAUGAGCACCAUCAGCCAGGUGAGUGAAGUGGAAGUUAAUGGGCAAUUCGAGUCUGUUUGCGAGUCGGUAUUUAGCGAGCUGGAGUCGAAGGCGGUGGAGGCGUUGGAUCUACCGAUGCCGGGGUGUUUCCGUAUGCGAAGCCACAGCUAUGUGCGGGCCAUCGAGACUGGAUGCUCGCAGGAUGAUGAAUGUUUGUCACUUAGGUCUGCGUCACCAUCUCGAACCACCACCACCGUGAGAACUAUCCAAAGCAGCACUGUGUCAUCGUGUAUUACGACAUACAAGAAAAAUCCUCCUCCAGUUCCACCACGGACCACAAUUAAACCGUUCAUCUCAAUCACUGCGCAGAGCAGCACAGAAUCUGCUCAAGAUGCAUACUUGGACGGCCAUACCCAGAGGGGUGAUCUAAACAGCGGGUCGGGAUUGAGUAACUCCACCGAGAGUUUGGAUAGUGUCAAAGCCUUAACUGCUGCUAUUGAAGCUGCAAAUGCACAGGUCCAUGGACCAUCUAACAGUCAACAAUACAUUGAUAGCCCACCAGCAACCAACAAGGGAAUCCCUCCAGUUGAGGAACCCAAAUGGGAUGUUUUGAGGAAAAGCAAAUGUUCUUCUGUUGGAAUACAGGUUGAUGGGCCAGAACAGCUAGCUUUAGCAGAUAUGCACACACACAAAUUCCAGUCUGUGGGGAUUCAAGUGGAGUCAGAGAAAUGUUUUCGAAGAUUUACACGGUCAAACAGUGUGACUACAGCAGUGCAGGCCGAUCUGGAUUCCAGAGACCAUUCAGAAAUUACAGUGGAACCCCAGGUGGUUGUUUCAAAUCCAUUGCUAAGACAGCUCUCCAAAGACACAUGUACAGCUAGCUUUCUUGGAUCCGAGGACAACCAUUUGCAGGCCAGAGCACAAGAAAACGCCUUUGACUCAAUUUUUGAUCCUUCUUUUCUGCCACCUCCUGAACCCUGGAUUGACUCUACAUCAGAGGCAGAAGUAGAAGCAGGUCAGAGGUCAGUGUGUCAAAGGGACGGUCGAUGGUUUAUGAAACUGCUUCAAGCUGAAAAGGAGCGCAUGGAUGCCUGGUGCCAACAGAUGGAGAAUGAAGAACAAGAAAAUGCCCUUUCUGAAGAAAUUUUGGGCAAAAUCCGAAGUGCCGUCGGAAGCGCUCAGCUCUUGAUGUCCCAGAAGUUCCAACAGUUCAGUGGGCUGUGUGAAGAAAACAUGAAUCCAAAUGCAUGUCCUCGACUGACCUCCCAAGACUUGGCAGGAUUUUGGGACAUGCUACAGUUGUCUAUUGAGAACGUCAGCAUGAAAUUUGAUGAGCUACAUCAACUCAAGGCAAACUGUUGGAAGCAGGUGGAACUUCCUGAAAAGAAGGAGAAAAGAAUACCCCCUCCCGUGCCAAAGAAACCUCCAAAGGGUCAGGUACCCCUGAAACGUGAAAAGUCGCUUGAAGCCACAGAGAAGCAAAGGCAGGAGGCACGGAAACGUCUAAUGGCUGCCAAACGAGCUGCAUCGGUAAGACAGAAUUCGGCCACCGAGAGCGCGGACAGUAUCGAGAUCUAUAUCCCAGAGGCCCAGACCAGACUAUAAACCACACUGGAGAGCAAUGGUGAUAACUUUCCAAACACAGACCUGGUUGUUUGUAACCUUCAUGUUACAGGUUUAUGACAGAUACAACCUUAGUGCUUGUAUCCCUUUAACCCUCUGAAGGAGCUUUCACAAUCAGGACAAUAAUGAGCAGGUGUGGCAUUCUUAAUAAACCCAGGUUAAAAAAAAAUUUGUAAACUGUUUUAGCAUAUUCUACCAUUAAUGUUUAGCUCCGUAAAAUAUUUGCUAACUGCCAUGUCACUUGCAUGGCUUCACUCUAAUAGUUGUUGCAGGUGCUUUAUUGAAACCCCUUUCUGGUGUUCUUGCUCCAUUUAAUCAUCCACAUAUGUAGUUGCGUUACCAAUACUGACAGUAGUUUUAAGUAAAUGAAGUGGAAACAAAAAAAUAAAUAUGUGUGCAGCAAUAGAAACAACAGGUCUUCAAUACUGAUGAAAGGCCAUUGAUGUCUACCUGAUUGUAGAUGUUAAGAUGUUAGGAUCACGGUUGUUGAUUUCAGAGUAGAUGGAAUGCAUAACUCUCAACCACUCACUUUUGUAACAGGACUUUAACAGCAGUGGACAUAUACGUGCUAACAGCUCAGUGUAUCAAAGGCAAAACCCACUGACAUUGUUUUGCUAUUGAAGUGCAUUACCUUCAAAGGUUUGCAAUGUUCAAGGGUUUGCAAUGAUGCAUCAAACAUAAAUUGAAACCACUGAGGGGAACAUUUAAAGCAAUCCCAUGGAUCAUCCUUGCGUUUGUAACAGUUUUGGAAAUGGACCUUUUUAACAUGAAAGACCAGCGAUAGUUGCAGGCAACGCUAGAGGUAGAUAGAAUAAAUGAAAGGCAUGUGCAAAAUGGGCUUUUGAAUCUUUGUGUUCCCUGUUUCCAUGCAAAUUCACUUGUGACACUGGACUGCUCCUUACUGCCACUUUUUAAUAGAUAAGAAUUUGGGAAUAAUAUGGAAAACGAUGUCUUUGUAUCUGAACCAUUAGGGUAAUGUAGUGAAUAUACAAACUUUUGAAAGAUAUAGCCAGUCAUAUUUAAGGAGGAGUAUCUGCCUAUGAAAUUCAGCAGGUAAGGGCUAGUGAUUUUUUGUUGAAAUGAUAAGCUGUACCUUGAGGCCAAGUUGGUCAGAGCAAAUGAGACUUUUUUAGCUGCGUCCUUUAUCGAUUUCCCUUUGAUCCACAAUACCUAAUGUUCUUUGUACACACUGUUAUUGAUUGUAUAUGUUUUGAUUAAGAUUUGUCUAAUAAAGUCCCGUUGAGAGUAAAAUUAUCGGUUCCAGGUGAUGUAAUUUGUCAGUCAGUUGAGCUCUUUCAUUUUCUAUAUAUGUUGAUUUCAAAUGAGUUGGAGACCUGGGCUGUUGGUGCAUUUGCCCAAAUACAUUAAUCUGUGCCUACACCAUGUCUGAUAAAAAUGAAUUGCUUUUAACAAAGCAUAUGUACGUUUUUGUCGAGGCAGUAAAAUGUUUCUCAGUCCUCCUUGUUCGCUCUACCACCAACUCCACUUCCGCACAACUUUACUCAGUAUAACGGGUGAAAGAGUGUUUGUUAAAUGCACAUCUUCUUCUUGCGUAUGGCGUGCACAGCCUAAAGUUGUAGGUCAACUUGUUCUGUUUGAUCUUGUUUGUGCACGUCGGGUUGAUUGCAUUAGUCGAAACAGUCGACCACAUGAAGGGUGCAAUCUCCGAUCCCUUAAAUGCACAUAGUAAGUACUAUGUCACUACUUAAGCACCUGGAAAUAUUAAUUUGAAAUUUCAAAGGUUAUGUUCUUCAAUGGUGAACCUUUGCUGUGAAUUUAGCAGAUAGCAAACCUGAGCAUUUUGUUGGGAAAUGGUACUUGCUAUAUCUUUGAACAAGUGAACAGCAUCCAUCUGUUCUCAAUACUUGUGGCCAAGAUGAUAAGCUUUACACUCUCUCUCACACCUUUGUAUUCACCUGAGCUGAUCGGGGCUAAAUGUGGAUGUCACCCUGCAUUCCUUUUUAUACAACUAUGUACCUAUGUACCUGUGGAAUUAUUCUACUGGAAUACAUAGACUGCUUGUGAUAGUCAGUAACUGUGAAUAAUGUUACUUCCAAACAGUGUGAAAAGAAAAACAAAGUUAAUUAUUUGUGCAAUCUAGAUCAAAUCCUGGUGGCAACUGGCUGUUUAGCAAAAAUCAAUAAAAUGUUGUUCCAAUAAAACUAUUCCUAUGAAGAAGUAACCUGUUACUGAUGAGAUUUUAAUAUGAUUGUUGUAAUAUGAUGCUAGAUUAUACUAUAUUGUUUAUUUGAAAGUUGUUAACUUUUUGUUACCUCAUUUGUAUUUAUUAUUUAAAUGUAAAUGGAAUCCGUUAACAUAUCAAUGACAAAAGGGGAUUUCUCUGUAAGAUGCGUUUCCCAUUAAUGGACGGGAUUUUAAACAGAAGACAAUUUCUGCAGAAGCCUGAUAUGGAUUCCCACUCAAAUUUCAAAAUAGUUGGUGAAUUAGGAAAGUUUACCUAUUCAAAUAAAGUUUCUGUAAAUAAACUGAAUGUUUGCCAUUAUAUAAAAAAGAUGUAAUUAAAAUCACAGUUCUGUGCAA